CCUUCUUCAUCACAUAUCAUCUCUCUUAUUUGCAAUUCCUUUUCACCUUCCAUAAACUAUCUGCAGACUGCACAGAGACCAUUUCUUCUUCCUCCUUUUCAAGAUCGAGUUUGUAGUUAAAAGAUGUUGGGAGAAUUCAUAGUCAAUAGCUUAGUAUUGGUUCUUGGGUAUGCAUACCCAGCUUUUGAAUGCUUCAAAUGUGUGGAGAACAACAGAGUUCAGAUUGAAGAACUGAGAUUUUGGUGCCAAUACUGGAUUGUUGUCGGGUUAGUGAGAGUUCUUGAGAGUGUUGCCGACAUCUUUAUAUCAUGGAUCCCAAUGUAUAGUGAGGUUAAGUUGGCACUUUUCAUCUACUUGUGGUAUCCAAAAUCUAAGGGGACAGAGUACAUAUAUGGAGCAUUGUUGAAGCCCUUUGUUUCAGAGCAUGAAGGGGAGAUUGAAAGAAGUUUCAUGGAGUUUAAAGGGAGAGCCUGGGAGUUAGUGGUGUAUUACUGGCAAAACUGCACUGAAUUAGGGCAGGCAAAGUUCUUCCAAAUGCUUGACUUCUUGGCUACAGGAAGGCUUACUCAGUCCACCUCUAAGCAAAAGGAUACCGACCACCGUCACGGUGGAGCUCCGCUUCCUCCUCCAGCCCCCGCCGCCACCAAGUCCGGCCCUUUCCGGAGGCACCGGUAGCCUCCGAUGAUCUGCGGCAGCCCUGCUCCGGCUAACCAAGAACUGUACUUGUAAAUAAUUUGGCAAAUUUAUAUUUUUUUUAAUUAUAAUUUCAAAGAAAGUGUACUUUGCAUGUUUGAAUAGUAGACGCGGUUUGUAAAGCCACCAAUUGAGAAAAUGAAAAGUGGAAAUAAAUUAUUUUUAAGACUUUUUUACAGAUUAUUAUUAUUAUUAUGUGGAAUUGCAAUAGAACAUAUUCUGUAAAGAUUUGUUUGACAAAUAAAAAAAUUACAAACUUGUCAUCAUCUGACGCUCCGAAGCCCAAUUGCGCGGAGCAGCCAGUCAACGGUGCGGGUCAACGGGAGAAGAAUGUGGCGAUCCACGAAGUUUAGGAGGGCGACGACGGGGGCGUUGCCGGAGAAGCGGAGGCAGAGGCGGCGGAGGAAGGUGCCGGCGGAGGAAUCCGGCGAGGUGGACAUGGGCUGGAGGUAAGCCCAGGCGGCCUGUUUGACGAGGCGGUUGCGGAUGAGGAUUUCGGCGGAGCCGUGGUGAGAUCCCGGCGUCAUGGGCCUCGGGGAGUUGACGGCGGCGCCGCCGGGCAGGAGGUCCUUCAGGGAGGUGUAGUUCACCGGCUUGAUCGAGAAGAGCUCGAAAUCGCCGUCGGUCUGCGAUGACCCGGAUGACGUGGCGGACGACGCCGCCGUCGUGGCGUACGAGGAGGAGGAAGAAGAAACCUCACGGCCGUUGUGGAGGCUGAGCUGCGCCGGAGCGAUGACGGAAGCGGAGAUGGAGUUGCGGCGGCGGAGAAGACCGUUUUGCGGCGCCGGUGGGGCUAUGACAUCUGCCAUGGUUCGCCGGAGAAAUUCUCUUGCAGAGUGAGUGACGGAGCGUUAUGCUAAAUAGAGAUUUGUGGGCUUUGCUUUAUGGUAAUCGUACGUUUGAGUAAAGCGAUUAGUGGCGUCUGUCGUCACCGUCUUUCAAACGUUGGAUUUAGGUUUUGAGCUUUUGUCUUUCAACUUGCCUUUUUAUUAUUGGUUUCUUUGAUUAUGGAGUGCUUUCAUUAGUUCAUUCUACUCCCUCAACUUUACAAAUUGCUAUUUUGUACCCCUUUUAGUCUUUACUAUUCAAUGGAUACACUAAUACAAAUCCUUCCAUUACUUAA